AUGGAGGACUACUACAUUAACAACACCUCACAGGAUCAAAGCUAUAAUUACAGCAACAUCACCACUGACUACUAUAACAGCAACUUCAACACCACGCAGUAUUACAAAGAAGUUCCAUUCAUCAUGCAAGUGCUGACAUACAUAAUAAUCGCCAUCGGUCUUCCCUUGAGCCUCAUGGCCAUCUAUGCUCUUUAUUAUAUGGUGCAAAGUGAUCAGGUUGCUCCGAUCUUCGUCAUCAACCUUCUCAUUUCCGACCUCCUUCAGUUCUGCUACAUGAUUGUUGAGGUGUCUGAACCUGAGCAUAAAGCAAUACAAAUGGUCUCCGGUCUAUUUUACUUCUUUGGUCUGUUUGCCAGUGUUGGCUUCAUGGUCUGCAUCGCCCUGGAAAGGUAUUUGGUCAUCGUCCACCCGCUGUGGUACCGCUUCAGACGAACCAUCAAGACCUCUGUGGCGCUCUGUGCUGUAGUGUGGGUCCAACCUUUUGUCUUUAUCUUCGCUUUCUCUUUCAUAGAUCAGGCACAAAUGGCCAUCGUCAUCUAUCUACUCCUUCCCUUCCCAUUGUUAAUCUUCUUCCUGGUUGGGACCUUCAAAGCCCUGUCUGCUUCCAUCUCGGUCUCCUCUGAUGAAAAACGACGAAUUGUGGGAAUUUUGGUUCUGGUGCUGCUUAUAUACACGUUGCUGUUCCUGCCCAUCAUCCUUAACUUCCUAAAAUUAUGCAUAUACAACAUGUAUGACAUAUAUGAGGAUAUACUCACCACCCUGUCUCUCAUUUUUGUUAGGUUCAGUCCUCUUGCAGACUUAGUCCUGUAUGUCUUCAUGAGGAAAGGGACCGUAGACAAGCUUUUGGCCUCUGUGUGUUGUUGCAGAAUGGAUAGCAAUGAUAUCAGCAGUCCAUCAGUAUGAAUGAUGACAACAUUUCCGAGAGGGGUCCAACUGCAGACCUCCACUGUCAGGCCGGUCAGUUUUUUACAUCCCCACAGGACAUAACGUGAUGCGUUUCUCCCUCCCAACACUAUAUGGCACUGCACUGGUGCCCUGACAACCUCGGACCUCUCGGUCCGUGUGGUAAGUGUGCUGUCUGCUUGCAUGCUGAUGGAACUGUCUGCUGUGUGCGGGUAGUGCAUCGCGGUUCAACACAAUGCUCCCUUGGUUGUUUAGGAGUGAAUCGUUUGCUGUGCGGGCUGUCUCGAUCUGGCCUGUGGCUUAUUAUUUGUGUGCGCUGUGGAACAUUGGGGGUAUGUAUGCAUGUCUUUCGUAUUGUAUUCCAUUUGAUUGAAUACAUACCAUGCGAAAUAUAAUAUAAUGGUGCUAAAUCUUCCCUUCAGUGAUCUGCGGCUCUGUCUUGGCUCUAAGUGGGGUUGCUGGUUUUAGCAUCUCUUUGUUGGUUGGGUCUAAUUAUUGUAUAUUUAGUUUGUAAAGUUGGCAUUUUGUGUGUGUGUGUGUGUGUGUGUGUGUGUU